UCAAGUUUCUAUUGCCUUAUUUAUUCUCAAUUGUUAGUCCAGUGAAAACGAAGAGAAAGUCAGUUAAACAAAGAAUCAAAUUAAAAUUUGUGUUUUUUGUAGCAAUUAAGUUAAUAAUGGUUAAAAUUUCAUCUUAAUAUGAAUCUUUGUCUUAUAUUUUAAUGAAAUAUAACACAAUUUUUUCAUUCUUGUGUCCACUUUAAUUGUAAUUUGAUAAAAGUGAAACAGCUUAACGUUGAAACAAUGAAAGUUGUGUUAAAUUUUGUGCUAUUUUAUUGUAUUUUAUUCACAAAUAUCCUAGUCGAUGCUAUUGGACUUGAAGUUUGGAAUACAAAAAGAUCAGUUUGGGAAUCAUGUAAUUGUAAUGGACGAGCUGUUGAAUGUGUAUUUGAUCCUGAACUAUUGGCUGAAACUGGACAUGGUGGUCGAUGUGUUAAUUGUAGAGGCAACACUGCUGGACCUCAUUGUGAAAGAUGUCAGGAAGGCUUUCAUGAUCUUUCUUCAGAAGGUUGCAAGCUUUUACUUUAUGCUGAUUCUUGCCAGUCAGGAGGAUCUUGCCAGACUUGUGCUGAUGGCUACUUUGGUGAUCCAAUGAGAAAUGGCUCUUGUAGAAGAUGCGAUUGCAGUGGAAAUAUCGAUGAGAAUGCUGUUGGUAAUUGUGAUCAUGAAACUGGAAAGUGUUUGAAAUGCCUUUACAAUACUGGAGGAGAUCGCUGUGAAAGAUGUCUUCCAGGAUUCUUUGGCGACCCAUUGAGUUAUCCUAAAGGAGAUUGUAAAUCGUGUGGAUGUUAUAAAACAGGAACUUUGGUGGUUAAAGAUGAAAAUGGCAAAGAUUUGGUUCUAUGUGAUCCUCGCAGUGGACAAUGUGAAUGUAAACCAAAUGUUAUGGGAAGACAAUGUGAUCAGUGUAUGGAAGGAUAUUGGGAUAUCUCUGAUAAUGGAUGUAAAUCGUGUGAUUGUAACAUAAUUGGAUCAUAUAAUAGGACUUGUGAUCAAUUUACUGGUAAAUGUUAUUGUCGACCUGGAAUCAUGGGAACUAAAUGUGACCAAUGUGAACCUUAUCAUUAUGGAUUCUCCGAGAAAGGUUGCCAAAAAUGUGAUUGUGAUCGAACUGGAUCAAAGUCCUUACAAUGUCGAGAAAAUGGUCAAUGUGAAUGUAUAGCCAAUGUGGAAGGACGAAGAUGUGAAAGAUGCCGAGAAAACAAAUUCAACCGAACAGCAGGAUGUAUUGAUUGUCCAGCUUGUUAUGGAUUGAUUCAAGACUCUGUUAAUGGGCAUCGAAGUAAACUCAAUCAAUUACGAUUAUUAUUGGAAGAGAUUCAAAACAGUCCAGCAGAAGUCGAAGAUAAAAAGUUUGAAACUCAAUUACAAGAGUUGAUCGAAAGAACUGAAAAAUUAGUAUUGGAUGCUCGACGAAUGGGCUCAGAUGGACGUAACCUUGUUGGAUCAUUGUCCACACUUCGCAAUCGCUUAGCUCGAGUUAAGGAACUAACUUUAUUGGUUGACAGUCGAAUGGAAGGAUUGAAUAACUUGAUCAAUUUUGGCAAACAAAAUAUGAGCUUAGCUGAAGAUAUAAUAGAUCGAGCUGAAGCAAUAUUGAGUGAUGCAAAAAAGAUAUUUGAAUCGGAAGGAAGGCCAGCGUUGGAGCGAGCUCGAGAUAGAUUUAGAAGAUAUGGACAACAAUCGAGUCGAAUGUCUGAGAUAUCAUUGGAAGCAAUAUCAUUAUCUAACAAGGUCGUAGAAAAUGCUGAAAAUAUUGAUAAAUUGUCUCGAGAAGCAUUGAAUAAUUCAGAGGAAGCAUCGAGAUUAGUUAAAGAAGCAAUGAUGAUGCAUUCAAGUAAUCGAGAGGAGAUUCGAGUUAUCCAAAAACAGUUGGUUGAUAUAAAUGAUUUACUGGAAAGAACUCGUAAAAUGGCUGAAGAAGCUAAAAAAGAAGCUGAUCGAGCUGCUAAAGAUUCAUUACAAUUAUUAACUGAAGCUGGUUCAUUGAGCAUUCCAAAUGUAAAUGCUGCUGCCAUGAAACAAGAUGCUAAGGAAUUGGUUGAACAAGCUCGUCGAAUAAUGAAAGAAGCUGAUUCAUUAUUAUCUCGUUAUGAGAAUGUAUUGAAUGGAACUCAAAUUCAAAUGGAAGAUGUUCGUGCUCUAUUGAAAGAAGCAGAAAGACAACAAAAUAUCGCUUCCAAUUUAUUGAGUGAAGUUGAUUUAGCCCACAAGACAGCAGAGAAAGCGGCUGAAGCAGCAAAUUCAACCUUAACUGAAGCCACCGGUACUUUAGAGACACUUCGUCGAUUCGAUGAAUCAGUCCAAGAAAGUCGUGGUCGAGCUCAAGAAGCAUUGAAACGUGUUCCUCAAAUUGAAAAAUUAAUCAAUGAAGGUACAAGUAAAACACGAGAAGCAUAUGAUGCACUGACUGGUGCUUAUAAUGAUGCUAUCAAUGCUAAAAGCAUUGCCAUUGAAGCUCGAGAUAUCGCUAAUAAUGCUUCAUCUGAUGCCAAUGAUAUUCGUGGUGAAGCUGGUAAAACAAAGGAAAGAGCUGAACGAAUGAAAGGAGAAGUCGAAUCAUUGAACAGAGCAUUGGGUGAAACAGAAGGAAGAUUAAACUCUUAUGCUGAUCAAACCUUCAAUGAUGAAAAAUUAGCUUUGGAAGCUUUAGAACGAGCUAAUCAAGCAAAAACCAGUGCAUCUGAAGCUAAAAAUAAAGUCUCUGGUGCUUUGGAUACAGUUAAUUUAAUAAUCAAAACAUUGGAUGGUCUUGAUUCAGUUGAUGGUGGAAAUAUGCAAGAUUUAGAAUUAAAAUUACGUGAAGCUGAAAAGGAAUUAUUAGCUUCUGAUUUAAAUAAUCGUACAGAUGAACUGAGAAAAUCUCGAGAUGAUUUAUCAGGAAUGUUGACCAAUUAUCGGGAAGAGCUUGAACAAUUGAGAGCUGAUGUACUUAAUAUUCGAGAUAUUGCUUAUACUAUUCCAACAGAAUGUCUAAGACGAUCUAAACUCGAACCAUAAUCUUCAAUUAUGAUAAUCAUUUCAACUUUUUUUAUCCAAUGAUGAAUAUAUACGAUAAAUGAAGUAUGUAAAUAUUGAUAGCUCAUUUAACGCUUAAGAUUAAUAUUAACUGAUUAAAUAAUAACUGUCAGACUGGCAGUGGCGAUCUAAAUAAUCUAUUGAUAAUGAUAUCAGUUUUCCUGUUAUUGGAUGGACACACUGCUUGAUACACUCCAGCCUGAUGAAAUUAAAAAUAACUAAUAUUUUCAUCAUUAAUUCAUAUAAAAAAUAUUUUCAAUGUAAUUCUUGUUUUUAUAAUUUGCUAAAAAACGAUCAAAGUAACAUUCAUCUUAAACAC